AUGGCUGAUUGGAGAAGGAUAGAUAUUGAUGCGUUUGAUCCCGAGAGCGGGAGGUUGAAGCCUGAGGACCUAGUGCCUCCAUAUGACACGCCAGCGGUUGGUGUCCAGGAGAUACAAGGCCGUGUUGGUCAGCUUCGCAGCAUGGCAAGCAGUGGCGAUAUAGCAGGUGCAGUACAGUUGAUUACCAGCGAUCCUCCAUACAACAGCGAUGAAGCCACGAAGAAGACGUACCUAUUGGCGGUGCUGGAGGCCUUGGGUCAGGUCAAGACCAUGGAUAUUGCUAACAUCGUGGGACAAUUGAACGACAGCCAGGUGGAUGUCCUCGUCAAGUACCUGUACAAAGGUAUGUCUGUGCCAGAAGGCCAGAAACAAGGCGGUAUCCUGCUGGCAUGGCUCGAGAAGAUCACUCAGACCAACGGGGUGAAGCCAAUUGUGCAUUUCAUUUCUGAUAGAAGAACUGUAUAA